AUGCUGACCGCGGCUUGGUUGGUCAAAGGCAGCGCUUGGGGGUGGGGCCUUCUGCGGAGCGCGAGCCCGGGACGGUGUUUGGGGGCCACCGUAGCAGCCGCCGCCGCGAGGAGCCGAAGAGGUGGCGAGCGCUGGAGCGGCCCUCCAGCUAGGCUCGCGGCCUCCUCGAGCAGCCUCGCGGAAUGCCACCCCACGUCUUCCCCGGGCACGGGGCGACGUCUGCUACUGCGCGUGCGCCCUCCCAGCCCCAAGCAUCUAGGCACUGCGUCUUGGGCGCCCCCUUUCGGUUGCUCCUCCGGCGGACCUGGGCAGCCUCACUGCUCGCGCGCCGGCUGCGAGGACGCCACCCGGCGCGCGGCGGAGUCCUCGGAACGACCCGAUGCUGGAAAAACAGAGCGCCGCGGAUACGCUGAACUGUAUGAAAACCCUUGGACUAUCCCUAAUCUACUUUCAGUGGCAAGGAUUGGUUUGGCCCCUAUUUUGGGCUAUUUGAUUAUUGAAGAAGAUUUUAAUAUAGCACUGGGGGUGUUUGCCCUGGCUGGAAUAACAGAUCUGUUGGACGGCUUUAUUGCACGAAACUGGGCCAAUCAGAAAUCUGCCUUGGGAAGUGCCUUGGACCCUCUGGCUGAUAAAAUCCUUAUCAGUAUCCUAUAUAUUAGCCUGACUUGUGCAAAUCUUAUUCCAGUUCCUCUUACAUCAAUGAUAAUUCUAAGGGACAUUACAUUAAUUGCUGCUGUUUUCUAUGUUCGAUACAAAACUCUUCCUCCACCGAAGACAUUAAGUAGAUAUUUCAAUCCAUGCUACGUCACUGCUCAGUUAAAACCAACAUUCAUCAGCAAGGUGAACACAGUAGUACAGCUCAUCUUAGUAGCAGCUUCUUUAGCUGCUCCAGUUUUCAAUUAUGUGGACAGUGUGUAUCUUCAGACUUUAUGGUGCAUCACAGCUUUCACAACAACUGCAUCUGCAUACAGUUACUAUCAUUAUGGCCGAAAAACAGUUCAGGUGCUAAACGAUAAAUGAAGUUUUGCAGAAUGACUGUUCUCCUCUCAUUCAAUUUGUGGGGAGUUUAUGCAGAGACUCUGAAUGAUACUUUUGCCUCAGUGAAACUAUGCCUUCACGGUGUGAAAAUGAAGUUUUGAUCAUGUAAAUAAGCAGAAUUUUCAGUGUAUUAUUUCAAUCUAUUACAAAUAAAAUAUAUUUUUUUUACUGUACUGAACUUACAUAUAUGUAAACAUUAUUGUCUGAUAUUUUUUGUUGAUUGCUGUCCAGAAAUUUGCACUUGGUGUGGGUCACUUGCCUGUUUCCUUUGGUGUAUCUCAAUUGAAACAGUUAUAUGAAAUA